CUCUAAACUAUACGUGUGUGUGUGUGUGUGUGUGUGUUUUUCUCUCUCUAGUCUCUCUCCACCCAAACUCGGAAUCUUACCCCCAAAAAAGGAAAUUUUGUACAUUUCUCUACCCACCUUGUCAUCUCUAACUCAGUAUUAGAAGAAAUGAAUCAAUUUUUAUGCUAAUUCGUCGGAGAUCUCCGUCAGAACUCAAUUCAGGACACAGUCAAGAACAAUAUCCCUGAAUUGUUUUAAACGAGCGGUUUGCAUGCAACAUAUUUCAUUCGAUAUUUGACUUGAAGCUCUGAAGCAUCAAUUUAUCGAUACCUGGCUGAGUUUUCUUAUUUGGGUCUAAUGAAAUGCUGAAUUACAGUAUUUUGAUCCUGGAUUGGUAGAAGGCUAUAUGGAAAUUGUAGCUUUGACGUACUUCUCCGAUAUUAUUUAAAUAAAAAGUUUAUGGCAACAUCGAAUGAGAAGUGGAUCGACAGUUUGCAGCCAUCCUCAUUGUUUUGGCCUCCUCCACAAGACGCUGAACAACGGAAGGCUCAAAUUACUGCUUAUGUUGAGUACUUUGGCCAGUUCACCUCCGAACAUUUUCCUGAUGAGAUAGCAGAGUUGAUUCGAAGCCGGUAUCCAUCAAAGGAGAACAGACUCUUUGAUGAUGUUCUUGCAACUUUCGUUCUUCACCACCCAGAGCAUGGACAUUCUGUUAUUCACCCGAUAAUUUCAUGUAUUAUUGACAGUACGCUCGAAUAUGAUAAGAGUGGACCUCCCUUUGCUUCUUUCAUUUCUCUGGUUAGCCCCAAGAGCGAGAAUGAGUAUUCCGAGCAGUGGGCUCUUGCGUGUGGGGAAAUAUUGAGAAUUUUGACUCACUACAACAGACCCAUAUACAAGUUGGAACGCCAGGAAAACGAAGGUGAUAGAAGUAGCAGUGGGAACCAUGCUUCAACUAGUAUGUCAACUGAUGGAGAACCUUCUUUGCCUUCCACACAGUCAGAGAGGAAAACUACGAGGCCAUUGUCUCCCUGGAUCACUGAUAUAUUACUCGCAGCGCCUCUUGGCGUAAGAAGUGAUUAUUUUCGAUGGUGCGGAGGCGUCAUGGGAAAAUAUGCAGCUGGAGAAUUGAAACCACCUUUGACUGUGUCUUCAUCUCGUGGCUCCGGAAAGCAUCCCCAACUUAUGCCAUCAACUCCAAGGUGGGCUGUUGCCAAUGGCGCUGGCGUAAUUCUUAGUGUAUGUGACGAGGAAGUUGCUCGUUAUGAAACUGCUACAUUGACAGCUGUCGCUGUCCCUGCACUUCUUCUUCCUCCUCCAACCACACCCAUGGAUGAGCAUCUAGUUGCUGGUCUACCUGCACUUGAGCCCUAUGCACGCCUCUUUCAUAGAUAUUAUGCAAUUGCUAGUCCGAGUGCCACACAAAGGCUACUUCUGGGACUGCUAGAAGCUCCACCUUCGUGGGCGCCAGAUGCACUUGAUGCUGCUGUCCAACUAGUGGAACUUCUUCGAGCAGCCGAAGACUAUGCCUCAGGCAUGAGGCUUCCAAGGAAUUGGAUGCACUUGCAUUUCUUGCGUGCAAUCGGGAUUGCAAUGUCCAUGCGAGCUGGAAUUGCUGCAGAUUCCGCAGCGGCUUUACUUUUUCGAAUACUUUCUCAACCAGCUUUACUCUUCCCUCCACUGAGACAAGUUGAUGGUAUUGAAGUUCAACACGAACCUCUAGGUGGUUAUAUUUCAUCCGAAAGAAAGCAGCAAAGAGAAUUGCCUGCCAAAGCGACAGUAGAAGCUACUGCACAAGGAAUUGCAUCGAUGCUUUGUGCACAUGGACCAGAGGUUGAGUGGAGAAUAUGUACAAUAUGGGAAGCUGCUUAUGGUUUGAUUCCUCUAAGUUCUUCGGCUGUAGAUCUACCCGAAAUCAUAGUUGCAACGCCUUUACAGCCCCCUUUAUUAUCAUGGAAUUUAUACAUUCCUCUUCUUAAAGUGCUUGAGUAUCUUCCUCGUGGAAGUCCAUCCGAGACAAGUCUUAUGAAGAUAUUUGUGGCCACCGUUGAAGCAAUUCUACAGAGAACAUUCCCACACGAGUCUUCUAGAAAACAAAUUCGAAAAACGAAUUACAUUUUUGGGUCUGCAUCGAAGAAUCUUGCUGUGGCUGAGCUUCGUACGAUGGUCCACUCACUGUUCUUAGAGUCAACUGCUUCUAUAGAGCUUGCUUCUCGUCUUCUCUUUGUCGUGUUAACUGUCUGUGUGAGCCACGAAGCGCAGCACCCUAAAGUUGAAAACUUUUAUUCGGAAAGUUUGGUUAAUGAUUUAAAAGUAGUCAAUGGGAAGAAAAGAGAACUUGAAAGUAAACAGGGUAAGAAACAAGGGCCUGUGGCAGCGUUUGAUUCGUAUGUCAUCGCUGCUGUUUGUGCUUUAUCGUGUGAACUACAGCUCUUUCCCUUGAUCUCAAAAGGUAUUCAAUUAGAUGCAAAAUCGAAUGAUAUAUCGAGUGGAUUGCAAAGUGGUAUGGAAGCAGCUGUUUAUCAUAGUCGUCGAAUAUUAGCGAUUUUGGAGGCACUUUUUUCGUUGAAACCAUCUUCAGUCGGCACAUCGUGGAGUUACAGUUCGAAUGAAAUAGUGGCUGCCGCUAUGGUUGCAGCUCAUGUUUCCGAUUUGUUCCGACAUUCAAAGGCGUGCAUGCGUGCUCUGUCCAUCUUUACAAAGUGCAAGUGGGACGAUGAAAUUCACUCGAGGGCAUCUUCCCUUUUCAGUCUAAUUGAUAUUCACAGCAAAGUUGUCGCCUCCAUAGUAAACAAAGCAGAACCACUGGAGGCAUACCUACAAUUAUCGAAGGAAACUCCUUUAUGUUUUCAUGGGAAAGUACCUACUACUUGCGCUAGCUGUCGCCACAUAGAAUCGGGCCAGCCAUCUUUACUGCCGUGUGAUGCUUUGGUCAGUUAUGGGAAGGCUGAUUCCAAUGAGGUGCAACGAUGUAAAAUGGUCAAAGGGAUAGCAAUUUUGCCUACAGAUGCUUCAGAUUUGGCCAACUUUUUGACGACCGAUAGGCAUAUAGGGUUCAAUUGCAGUGCACAAGUUCUCUUAAGAUCUGUUCUUGCAGAAAAGCAAGAAUUGUGCUUUUCUGUUGUUUCGUUUCUCUGGCACAAAUUGAUUGCAACACCCGAAACACAACCAAGUGCAGAAAGCACGUCUGCUCAGCAAGGAUGGAGGCAGGUGGUCGCUGCACUCUGCAAUGUAGUAUCAGCAACACCAGCAAAAGCUGCAACAGCUGUCGUUCUUCAGGCGGAGAGGGAACUGAAACCUUGGAUAGCAAAAGACGAUGACCUUGGUCAAAAGAUGUGGAGAGUCAACCAAAGAAUCGUGAAAGUGAUUAUCGAGUUAAUGAGAAAUCACGAAACCCCGGAGUCGUUGGUAGUUCUGGCUAGUGCAUCGGAUCUCCUCCUUCGUGCCACAGAUGGAAUGCUUGUCGAUGGAGAAGCGUGCACUUUACCACAGCUUGAGUUGUUGGAAGUUACAGCAAGAGCAAUUCAACCGGUGCUUGAAUGGGGGGAAUCGGGAUUGACAGUUGCAGAUGGCCUUACAAAUCUAUUGAAGUGUCGCCUGCCAGCCACAGUUCGUUGUGUAUCUCAUCCGAGCGCUCAUGUCCGUGCUCUAAGCACUUCAGUUCUCCGUGCUAUUCUCCAUGCCGGUUCAAGAAAACCAAACACCACAAAAACAGGGGCUGCAAAUAGCAUACACAGUCCACGUCAUCAUCAUCAUCUUCUCUUGGAUUGGCAAGCUGAUAUCGAAAAGUGUUUGGCUUGGGAAGCACACAGCAGACGUGUAACUGGCCUGCCCGUUCAGUUUGUUGAUAGUGCUGCAAAGGAAUUAGGCUGUACUAUCUCAGUUUGAAUACUAGUAAGAAUUUUGAAGGACAAAACGAGGUUACAAUUAUUCAUGUGACGAUAAAUUGGCAUAAAGCCAAGGGUAUAGUUCCACUGUGGUUUGAAUCAGGUAUUGAUUAAUGUUUGUUUGAACUUAAAAACAAUAGAUACACUGACUGUCUAUCUUGAAUACCUCUUAUUUGACAAGGUAUUAUUUAAUUUUAUUUCCCUGUGUGUGUAAUAUGGAAUUCAGUUCUCUC